AUGUCUGACAAACGCAAGCUUGCCAUUGCCUACACAACUGCGUCGGAGCCCCUUGCACGGCGCAUUAUUAAACUCAUCCAGCCACUAUAUGAGUAUUCUGUAGUUAUCACCCUCAACAUAAAGCAGUUCAGUGAUGGAGAGAUUAACCUUCAGUACGAGUCCAAUAUCCGCGGCUGCGACCUUUUCAUAGUCGGAGCUAUCUGCCCUCCCCGCUGCAACGACAAUCUCAUGGAAUUGCUGCUCGCCAUCGAUGCGGCAAAGCGUGCGUCGGCCGCCCACGUUACUGCCAUUAUUCCAUACUUUGGAUAUGCACGCCAGGACCGUAAGGCUGCCUCGCGCACGCCCAUCUCAGCAAAGCUGGUAACGGACCUUUUAAUUGCAUCUGGUGUGGAUCGUGUCGUGGUCCAGGAUAUUCACGCCGCCCAGAUCCAAGGCUUCUUCCCGUCGUCCAUACCCUUUGAUCACAUUGACGGCUACCUCGUGUUCAUCCAGGCGAUAAUUGACAGAUUUGAAGAAGAUAUUAAGAACCUGAUUGUUGUGUCUCCCGAUGCCGGAGGGGCUACCCGGUGCCGUAACCUGGCAACCCAGCUGCAUGCCGACAUCGCGAUUAUAGAUAAGCGCAGGGUUGUCGCCAACAUGUGCGACGUGAUGAACGUUGUUGGGGACGUCAACGGCAAGAUCUGCCUUCUCUAUGAUGACAUUGUGGACACUGCCCGGAGCCUUACCAAGGCCGCCCAAGCCCUCAAGGAAAAGGGUGCAGAGCAGGUCUUUGCGUGUGCGUCACAUGCAGUGCUCUCUGGAGAAGCCACGAGGAAGAUAAAGGAAAGUUGCAUCGACUACAUUCUUUUCUCUGACUCCAUUCCUCUGUCUCCUAAGCAGAUUGAGGAGCUUGGCGAGAAGCUCCAGAUUGUCAGUGGGGACUUCAUGUUCGCCAACUGCAUCAAUUGCAUCCACACAGACACCUCCUUUGGCGAGAGCAUCAAGUCUGUAAAGGUGCUGGCCGAGCAGAAGCUCUCAAAGAUCACAAAGGGGUACAGUAGCAGCGAUGGGGUUGUCGUUAGCCGGGAACAAUCAGUCGAUCUUCGUCGCUUUGAUGUCGGUACAAAGCAGUAG